CUUUUCUUCGUUGGUGUUACUCCGCUGGAUUUCGCUGUGUGAAAGACGUCCGCUCAUUUUAGUCAAACAAAGCGUUUAAAUUGAUAUUUUUCGCCGCUUCGUGAACACGAACCAGGGAUGAUUGAGCCGAAGAAAAGAGUGGCGGACAUGGCGGUGGUUCCUGCGGCGGCGAAGCGGCCCCGGACGGAGCUGGUGGCGGCGGCUCAGUCUCAGCAACUCGUGGCGAUGGGGCCCCCACGGAGCUCCAGCCUGCAGGCUCCCAUCAUGCUGAUGUCUGGCCACGAGGGUGAGGUGUACUGCUGCAAGUUUCAUCCCAACGGAGCCACGCUGGCUUCCUCUGGAUUUGACAGGCUCAUAUUGAUGUGGAAUGUGUACGGAGAUUGUGAGAAUUAUGCCACUAUGAAGGGCCACAGCGGAGCAGUGAUGGAGCUGCACUACAACACAGACGGAAGCGUGCUCUUUUCAGCGAGCACAGACAAGACUGUAGGUGUGUGGGACAGUGAGACAGGUGAGAGGAUGAAGCGUCUGAAGGGCCACACCUCCUUCGUCAACACCUGCUACCCAGCUCGCAGAGGGCCCCAGCUUGUCUGCACCGGCAGCGAUGACGGGACAGUCAAGCUGUGGGACAUUCGUAAGAAGGGGGCGAUCCACACUUUCCAGAACACCUAUCAGGUGUUGGCUGUCACCUUCAAUGACACCAGUGACCAGAUCCUGUCAGGAGGCAUCGACAACGACAUCAAGGUGUGGGACCUGAGGCAGAACAAGCUGAUCUACAACAUGCACGGUCAUGGUGACUCGGUAACUGGACUCGCUCUGAGCUCCGAGGGAUCGUACCUUCUCUCUAACUCCAUGGACAACACAGUCCGGAUUUGGGAUGUCCGACCGUUUGCGCCCAAGGAGAGAUGUGUGAAGAUUUUCCAGGGCAAUGUUCACAACUUUGAGAAGAAUUUGCUGAGGUGCUCCUGGUCUAAUGAUGGCAGUAAGAUCGCUGCAGGUUCAGCUGACAGAUUUGUGUAUAUUUGGGACACCACAUCACGCAGAAUCCUGUACAAGCUGCCAGGCCACGCUGGCUCCGUCAAUGAAGUGGCCUUCCACCCGGAGGAGUCUAUAGUGCUGUCUGGCUCCAGUGAUAAACGGCUCUACAUGGGUGAAAUCCAGUAGCAUGUUUGUGAUCUGGAUGAGUAUGUGUGACAGUGUGUGUGUGUGACUAUGUGUGUGUGCUUGCGUCCUCAGCGAGAGUCCAGCUGUGGAAGUACAUGGGUGGUGAUCGACAGUGGAGCCACUGUGAUUUCAUGUGCUUCAGUGUUCAGACAACCUCAGGAUGUUUGUUCAAAGUUUAUUAUUCUCAGUCACAACAACCUUGACAUUGAAAAGUUUUUUUUAAUCCUGAUAUGUUUCUUUUUAAUAAACUUUCAAUAUUCUGUAAAAA